CAUUACAUGGAGUGAUCAACGGUUAACCACAUAAUUAAUAGUACACUGGUCAUUCAUCAUUGGUGCAUUAAUAUUCUUCAUUAAAAAAUGUAGAAUUUGUUUCGGGUUUUCCUCAGGGAAUUUGUGCAUUUAUUUGAAUUGCUCCAGCAGACUAUAUUCAACAAGAAUGUGUGUUUUUACUGUCUAGUUUGUUUCUAAAAUUGAAUAUUCGUAUCGGGGAAGUGAUUUCGCUACCAUCAUGUCUGAGUUAAUGGAGCUGGAUUCGCUGUACAUCACCACGGUGUUGGAAGACACCGUGGACCAGCUAGCUGUCCUGGGGAAGAUAAUGCCACAAACUUACGAAGGAAGAGCAGAUGCUAAUGAGAUUGUUGGAGAUGAGAUCGGCAAGAUUAUCGACAGCCAAAAGCAGCUAGAAUCCAAGUAUGAGGGGCUGAUCUCAAAAAGGACAGAGUUGAGAGCUGGGGGCCGGAGGGGGGACGCAAACCGACUAAAAGAGACUGAUCACGAGAUCGGGACUGUGGUCGGAGGGAUAAGACACGCAGCGCAGACAUUUACAAAGAGUUUGAAACAGAGUCCCUUGACGUCAGACAACCUGGGGAAGUUGCAGUAUGACAGGCAAUUUCUUCAAGAUGUCUUGUCAGAAGCCAUGGAUGAGAUCACCAGCGAGAAGACGUUCAUGAGUCUCAUUCACUCAGUGACUGCCGAGCAGGAUCAGAAAGCUGAACUACAGAACACAAUUCUCAAAGAGGAAGAGGGGCGCAAGAGGAUCAAGAGCCUUCAGCGUCAAAUCCAGAAUGUCAAGGUGGAGCUCGAAGAAGAGAUCCAACAGAGGAACGAGAUGAUUGCUCACUUGAAAGACCAGCUCCAAGAGAUGAAAGCCAAGACCAGCAUGGAGGGCAAGUACGUCCAGAAGGAUGCUGAGGUUGCCGUCAGUCAGGUCCAGAAGAGAUGUACGCUGAGCGAGAAGCAACUCAGGGAUGAGAUUGAGCUCAUCAAGAAGAAAAUUGACGAGGAGAUUCGUGUGAAUCAGGAAAUAGAGCAAUACCUCAAGGCACACCAAGCAGAGCUGGAAGAAAAAGUCGACUACUGGAUGGAGAAGUACGACACAGACGUUGAGGAAAAGACGCACCAGCUAGAGGUGUUGAAGGCAUCCAAGGCCAGUGACCUCGCCAAGCUUCAGGAUCUAACCAAAAAGUAUACUGACUACGAGCAGGUUGUGGUGGAAGACAGAAUUGAGAAAGAGAAAAUCAGAAGACUUCAAGAUCAGGAACUUGAGGAACUCAAAUCUACCGUCAAGUUACAAUCUUGGUGGCGUGGCAUCAUGGUGAGGAAGCAGAUCGGACCGUACAGCAAGAAGAAGAAGAAGAAGGGCAAGAAAGGAAAGAAGGGCUCCGGCAAGAAAAAGGGAAAGGGAAAGAAGAAGAAGUAAAUUCAUUGUACACUUUUCAGCUUUCCAAAUUAUAAGUAAAUACCUGUAAAUAUCGAAAAGAAAAGGAAGGGUGGGGUUUUAAACUGAAGUAGGGGUGCAUUUUCCUCAUUGUUCCAACAGUUGUUUAACUUUAUAUUGGUGUGCAGAAAUUUCAAUGUGACACAGGGACAGUUUAGUAUUAUUAAUACGGGAAAAAAUACGUUAGGUCUUUAAGGAGCUCUAAUUUAAACUGGACCUCAUGCCCGGUGCCAGUGGUUUUAGAGCCAGUAAAGUCAGAAGACUGGACCAUCAAUCUUAUGUUGCUUACUUCAGUAUUUUCUUUUUGAAGAUGCUCCAAUGUUAAAUUUCACUCCGAUAAAUGUCCUUCAAUUUUGUUAAGUAUCAAAGUCUACUUACCAAUAAAAGAAUUGAGACUAAUCUUUCUCUUCAAAACAAACAAACAAACAACAACAAAAGUUUAUAAUUAUGUUAAAACUACGAUGUCCCUUUGAUUCUGGUCUUUCGCAACAAAUUCUGGUUUCGUAAAAAUUACAAGCUAUUUUCCCACAAAAUUUGAGUCCUGAGAUCAUUUAAACACUACCCAUUUUUGGGGCCAUACCAAAUAUUUGGAGAUGGCUAGGGAUAAAUGCCAUUCAGAGUAAAUAAGACACUAGUAAAUUAAACACAUUGCUAACUUUGUAUAAAAUAUGCCAGGUGGAAUUCAACCGUCCAUGUUUACGCAUCUUCCCUUUUUUACAUUCCGUCCUGGUCUUGUUAACAUAAUAUGUCAUCACCAAUGUACACACUUUGUUGAGGUUUUUAAAAUUGUAUCAAUAAAAUGAAAAUCUUUAUGAAGGAAUAUUUCUAAAGGAGUUAUAUUUAUUAAUGCUUCUAAAAAUGGAAAGUAAUUUGUUUGUGUUACUAAUUUAAAAAGUUAAUGUUUGUGGGAAACAAGAAAAUUACUUUUUAACUUUUGCAGGUGUUGGGGGUCUUCCUGAAAAUUGGAAAAGAAUUGGACAACAACUUUAUAAUUGAUAAUCAGCCACAGAUUUAUAUUUUGUACUGCCUUAUGUCAUAGCUUUUUAUUAAUGCAAGGAUAUCUGUUAAACUUCUAACCGUCCAAGUUUGAGCCGUCCUGUGGAAGUUUGUUUUUACUCAUAAUGAUAAAUUGAAAAUGAUAUUUGUAUUUUUAAUAAUUUAAAACUUAAAGUAUCCGUCCACCACAAUAUGAACUUGCUACAUUUGAAGCAACAUAAUAUGACUGAAUUCACCAUUUUUGUUAAUA